AUGCGGGAGCUGAUGAAGGACCUGGGGGAGCGCACCAAAGAGAUAAAGGCCGCCCUUGACACCCCGACAGCCGCCCCCACCUCCACCCCCGACGGAGACGCCGAGGCGCAAGCAGACGCAGCCGCAGCAGAGGGGACCUCUCUGAAGGAGAAGGAGGCGCUCCUGGACGAGCUGGUGGAGAUCGUGGAGAGCAUCGACCAGGCGCGGGACCUGCACAAAGUGGGCGGCCUCGAGACGCUGCUGUCCCUCAUGCGCUGCCCGCACCCCUCCCUGCGCUGGCGCGCCGCCGAGGUCGCCGCCACCUGCAUGGCCGGCAACCCGCCGGUGCAGCGCUGGUUCAUGGACGGCGGCGCCGCGCCGGCGCUGAUGGCGAUGGCGGGCGACGGCGACGCGGCGUGCCGCACCAAGGCGCUGCUGGCGCUGUCUGCGAUGGUGCGGCACUACCGGCCGGGGCUUGAGGCGUUCCGCCUGGCGGGCGGCCUGGGGAAGCUGCUGGACGCCAUCGGCGCGGCGCCAUCGGGCGCCGGCGGUACGCAGUCGGCAGAGCAGCAGGAGCACCAGCAGCAGCAGGCGGUGGCAGCGGCGGCGGCGUCGGGCAGUGGAGGCAGGGAGGACGAGGCAGAGGACGAGGCCGGGGCCGAAGCGGCGGCCGCGAGGAGGCGGCUGCGGCGCAAGGCGCUCGCCCUGCUGCAGUACGUGCUGACUCAACACCCUGCUGACUGCGCCGCGGCGGCGGAGCUCGGCGCCGUCGAGGCGCUCGAGGCGCAGCUGAGGGAUCCCGCCGCGGGCAGCGACCUGCGCGCCGCGGCGCUGGAGGUUUUGGUUGAGAUCGCCAGCCACCCUGAUGGGUGGGGCGCGGUCAAGGCGCGCGAGCCGGGGCUGCAGGCGCUGGUCGCUGACCUGGCGCGCGCACACGGCGCGCUGAGCGAGGACGACCGGGCGGCGGACGCGGAGGAGGGGGCGGCGCUUGCGGCGCUGGGGGCGCUGCUGGCGGCGCCGGCUGCGCCAAAGGCAGCGAAGGCAGCUGCGGGCGAUCACGUGGAUUUAGACCCUUGGCAGGACGGGCAGGAGCAGAGCAAGACGGUCCCGGUCGGCGCGGGCGCAGGGGCGGCAGGUGCGGCCGUGGCCGGGGCCGGCGCCGGCUCCGGGGGCCAGCAGGGGCAGUCGGCGCAGCGGCGGGAGCAGCAGCAGCCGUUAGCGCUGGGGCCGCCGCCGGCGCGGUGA